AACUGGUAAAACUAAAACCCACCCAAAACCACACUCCCAUUACCCUAAAGAAACAAACCUAAUCUCCACUUUUCCACCCCUUCCCCUUCUCUCCCUCUCCCUCCUCACUCUUCCCCAGACGGCCAGACCCCAAUUCUCAAAGCCCUCUUCUCUCUUCCCCACUAAUCUAAUACUCUUAGUAUGGGCCAAGUUGUGAUGACCCUCCCGUUCAAACGGACUUCCAUCCGAAACGCCGUUACGCCAAAACCCCGUUAAGUCACGUGCUUUCUCUGAGCCUCUGAGGCUGAGUCCGUUCCGUCCCGUCUCGUCCCUGCUUGUUCGUGCGUAUGGCGCAUGAGCCUUUAAGCCCAACAGCAGCGGCGCCCGCCGAUGCACAGCCCAACGCAACCCCUUUGUCGAACGGCCUCGACGGUGCCGAUGACGCCAAUAGACCGCCGAGGCUCCCUCGGUGGACGCGACAGGAGAUACUGGUCCUCAUUCAAGGCAAGAAGGUGGCGGAGAACCGGGUUCGUAGGGGUCGGGCCACUGGUUCGGCGCUGGGGUCCAGCCUAUUGGAGCCCAAGUGGGCUUCUGUCUCGUCCUACUGCAAACGACACGGCGUGAAUCGGGGACCGGUCCAGUGCCGGAAACGGUGGAGUAAUCUCGCCGGAGAUUACAAGAAGAUCAAGGAGUGGGAAUCGCAGAUUAAAGAAGAGUCGGACUCGUUCUGGGUUAUGAGGAACGAUCUGAGGAGAGAGAGGAAAUUGCCUGGUUUCUUUGACAGGGAGGUGUAUGAUAUCUUGGACGGAAGGAGUGAGACUGAUCCGGCAACGGUGACUGCCGAUGUGAAGGACAGUGAAGGGUUGGCAGCGACAGCGGUGGUGGCAGAGGAGGAGGAGGCCGUCUUCGAUAGCAGUCGGAGCGCUGCGGUGGAAGAUGGGCUUUUUUCGGAUUUUGAUCAGUCGGGGCAAGAGGAGGUCGGUGGGAGCCCCGAUAAAGAAACGGUGGCGACGGGUAGCCCUACGACGACAGUCCCGGCUCCGUUGCCGAUUUCGGAGAAGCAGUACCAACCAUUUUGCAGAGGAUAUUUAGAUCAAGGUACAACAAAUGAAAAACAACCUACUGUGAAUCCUGAGAAAGGGUCUACAUCUCAAGAGGGGCGUAAGCGCAGGCGGUUAUCAACUGAUGUUGGUAGUGAAGCCACUUUGCCAGACCAAUUGAUCGAGGUCCUAGAGAGGAACAGUAAAAUGCUCACAGCACAACUUGAGGCUCAGAACAUCAAUUGCCAAUUAGAUAGAAACCAGCGGAAGGACCAUGCUGACAGUUUAGUUUCAGUUCUUAGCAAACUUGCAGAUGCUUUAGGAAGGAUUGCUGAUAAGUUAUAAUGGAGGGCUGUAGGGUAAUGGUGUACAUAAGACAGAUGCUUCCCUGAAAUCCGUGGGUUGCGGUAUAGGCUGAGGAAUUGGAGGAUUGCCUGCAAGAUUUAUCCCAGGCAAGCAUUUGAAUUGGCCUUUGCAUAAGGUAUCAUUGUAAAAUUCCUUCCCAGCCAUCCCCCCUUCUUUUAUUUUUGCUUCUUAAUUGGCUUCUGUGGCUGAGUACCACCACAGGAUUUCGUAAAAAAUAAAAAAUAAACCAUAGGAAGUUUAUAGGGGAUAAUAACAGGCCUUUCUUUUUUACCUAUUUGGAGAUUUAUAAUAUUUUUAAUGAUUGUAUAUUUGAUUGAUUCUAAUAAGUUAUUGGUGC